CAUGUGUUGCGGUUUCCUCUGUUGUCUCAUAUUCUUACAUUAUAAAUGCCUCAUGAGCCCCGAGCCCCAACCCCCCAACCAUCACUACAUUAACACACACACACACACACACACACACAUUAACACACACACACACACACACACACACACAAACACACACACACACACACAGACACAGACACAGACACACACACACACACACACCUUUCAGAGAGAGAGAAAACUCAAAUGUCCUCCCUCAAGACACAAAGCUUAGCCAGCAAAGGAAUUUCACAGAACUGCACCACAUUGAAGCCUGCCUGUGUAGCCAGCAUGGAGGAGCAUGAACGAUAAUUGUUGACAUUUCAGAAGAGCUGCAUUGAAUGUAGGCCUACAUCAUAGCCUACCAUAGGUCACUGAAAUAACUCAGCUGCAUACGAACACUUUGAAUGACAGCUCGGGCAUCCUGUGCAUUCCACGCUAGGAUUUUGUGUUCUUUUACAUGCUGUGCCAAUUUUGAAGCCCUGGUGCCAGUCCUGCCUUGCCAACCAAACUGGCCCCAGAGAGUGAGGAUGGCCUUUGGGACACAAGAAGGGGGAAUGUUUCCUAAGGGAGACAGAGGAAUAUCUCCCAUCAAGGCCAUCUGUGUUCAAUUAGGAACAGAAGAGCAAUCUCCAACAGUUGCAGAAUUCUCUCGGUGAGUUCUUGGUGCCAUGUCCUGGACUGUGGUCUGGUUGUGCCUAUACCUGUACCUGUGCGUGUGUGUACGUCCGUCUCAUGCCUCGCCCCCGCAGCACCGCGGCUGGCUGCGUCUCUGGGAGGAGGGCGAGGCCUGUGGCGAGUGCCAGGGGCACCUAUGCCCCCCGGCGCCCCCCAACUGCCCGGCUGGCCUGGUGCGGGACAACUGCGACUGCUGUGAGCAGUGUGCCAACGCCGAGGGCCAGCUGUGUGACCCCGACGGAGCACAGGAGUUCUACGGUCACUGCGGGGAGGGGCUGCACUGCCGGAGGCCCCCGAGACGGAAGAGGCGCCUCAAGGGCGGGGAUGGCGAUGACAGCCCAGAGCCCAAGUGUGUGUGCCGGUCCACAAGCUCCGUGUGUGGGUCAGAUGGGCGCACAUACCCCAAUCCCUGCCAGCUGAGGGAGGAGGCCAGCAGACUGGGGAAGGAGCUGAGAGUUAUUGGGGCUGGACCCUGCCACUCGGCCCCACAGAUUUCCAGAGCCCCUCAAGACCUGACAAAUUACACAGGAAAUGACAUCGCAUUUGGAUGUGAGGUGUCUGCCUUCCCUAUUCCCAGCGUGAGCUGGAAGAAGAACGGUAGCGACAACAUCCUACCUGGUGAUGACCCUCACAUUUCAGUCCAGGCACGGGGUGGGCCGCAACGCUUCACUAUAUCAACAUGGCUGCAGAUCCAAGGUCUCCGUCUCUCUGAUGCUGGCAGCUACUCUUGCAUCUCUCAGAAUGCACUGGGGAACGCUUCAGCCUUAGCUCGGCUUCAAGUGCUCAGAAAAGUUUCCCAGAGAUAAGGAAGAGUGAUGGUGAGUUUGAUGACCAUGGUGACCCCGAGAAGGACUACAGCAAUGCAGAUGAUGAAGAUAAGGACCUGCCUGUAUAUGAUAGCGCAUUAAAAGAAUGCAAGGGAGAGGAUGACUGUAGAUUAGCAUUAGGACAUAAAUAUGCAAUAGGUUCACAAUAUACUAACAUGUUCCCCAUGUUAAGCUAAUCAACUUGGUAUGCAUGAACCUCCCAGAUGAAUCAUUGCUUUUCAUAAUGUACUUUAGAGACUGUCAAUUACUCCUGUCUUUUUUCUUGCAAAUACAACACUCUGUUUGGAGAAAUUCAAAAGAAGAAAAAACCCACAUCUGAUCAAAUGAAAGGAGCAAUGUCUGGUCAGCCUGUAAAUGAAAUGUCUGUAGAUGCAGCGAUUAAAUGGCUCUGUUUGA